UUCGCUCCAACUGCAGUUAACUGCCAAAACAAAUUGCCGGACGAUGCCUGCUUGGUACUCUAUACAGAAGCAGUAAAAGCAAUGGGUGCAGAUGAUCGAAAUGAGAGAUGUUAUAAACUUCGAAAUAAUGUGGAUCCAGAUUUGGUACAAGCAGCUGUUGAUUUUUGUCCACAGACGUGUGGCUACUGUUGUAUCACACCAGAGUUCAAUUGCGAAGACAAGCGAUUUCCAAGCGUUAUGUGCUCCAAGGUAACACCUGAUAUGUGUGCUGCUCCUGCCUGGAAGCCAGUUUUGGCAGAAAACUGCCCGAAAACCUGCGGAUUGUGCACGGAUGCUUCAGAAAUGUUUCGUGUUUUCGUACUGAUGAUGCUCUUCUCUGAUGCACUAGGAGCAGAUAUUGUGGACUUGAACUGUACGCAGUUGGUGGGAGACAAAUAUAAGCUUCGAGAUAAUGUAGAUCCAGAUUUGGUACAAGCAGCCGUUGAUGUUUGUCCUCGGACCUGUGGCUACUGUUGCAUCACACCAGAGUUCAGUUGUGAAGACAAACGAUUUCCAAGCGUUAUGUGCUCCAAGGUAACACCUGAUAUGUGUGCUGCUCCUGCCUGGAAGCCAGUUUUGGCAGAAAACUGCUUGAAAACCUGCGGAUUGUGCACGGAUGCUUCAGGAAAAUUGCAAAAGAACUUGCGGAUUCUGCCAAACCGUGACCAGCCAAACCGUGACCACAAGGUCCGUGUGGAACAAAUCCAAAGUGAGUUCUCUAGUUUCGAGCGUUCGGGUCAGAAAACCCUUCUGGGUUGGUCAGACACCAGUCUGAAAUGGUCAGACACCAGUCUGAAAUGCGUGCAUCUUCAGAUGUGUUAA